AUAAACUAAUCUGUGUGUCUGAUAUUUCUUUUUUCGUGAUAAAAUAGCGAUUUAUAAUGUCAGCAGGCAUAAGAUAUUUAUCAGAGUUAUCAGAAAAGAUUUCUUAAUGUUCAAGGAUUCAGGAAAAUUUAACAUCAGAUAAGGAUAGCGCAGUUUCAUCAACCAUGAUGGCGCCAACAGAUGAAGAAGAAGAAGACGUCCUGUUCGACCACCGCGCGUAUCGCCGCAGUAAUAAGACUGACAACGUGCCGACAGAUCCUGUUAUGACCAUCGAAGAUGAAGAAGACGAUGUCAUCUUUGACCAGGCACAUCUGCUGCCGAAUCAUGUCCACAAAGGAGGCGAGUUUGGCAGCAGUAAAUGCUAUCGAAUUUGGACGACGAUGCUGCUUUUCCUUGCUUUCUGUGGUCUGGGCCUUUGCAUGGCUCUCCCAGGACCAACGCUCCUCGAUCUUCAAGAACGUACAAACACCGACACAGAGGACAUAUCACGCAUUUUCAUUGGUCGAUCCACGGGCUAUUUGAUUGGCUCAGUGAUCGGCGGACUUCUGAUUGACAUGAUGAACAAGUCGUUCCUCAUGAGCAUGUUUCUGUUGCUGAUGGCGAUCGGCACGGCAAUUCUCCCAUGGUGCACCAGACUUUAUCUACUUAUCAUCACCAUCGCAUUCCAGGGUGUGUCUAUGGGAUUAGUGGACACAGCUGGAAACCUGAUGUGCGUCCAAACCUGGGGUCGGAAGAGUCCCCCCUACAUGCAGGCAUUGCACUUCUUUUUCGGACUUGGUGCAUUUGUAGCACCGUUGAUUGCCGAGCCCUUCCUGUCACAGAGGAACGCCACAGUAGUUCUCUCGCUAAAUGCGACAUUCACUGACAUUCCUGAAACAGUGUUUUUGUCAACGACUCCCAAGGGCCCAGUGAUGGGGAAUGUCCUUCCAUUGUCGGGACGUGACAUCGGCCAUCUUGGUUUGAAGCAUGUUCACCGCCGGGACAUCAGUGAGAAAAAUUUGCGUGAUACAAAACAUGCAAGUUCAUUGUUGGAAACUAAUUCCAAUCGAACUACGGAAAAGAUAAAAAAGCCCACAUUUGCCAAUGGAAAAUUCUUGACAUCUGACCCUAAAGUGGCUGAUGGAAAAAAUCUGAAGGUUUUGCAUGAUGUGGGCAAACCCCAAGGAGCACCCUCUGGUGGUUCUGAAAUAACUGAAAACUUGGAGCCUCAUUCUGUAGGCGCAGUGGCUCCGGGGCAGAAUUCCGGAGAAAAUGUCGACACGGAGCCCCCAGGUGGACUUCCUGGUAAUCCAGUUGUGCAAAAACGUAUUGAGAAGCCUGGGGAUAAAGAGUUGGGCGAUAAACUUGAAACUACAACGCCGCACUUAAGGAGCAAUGCAACUCUGCCGCCGUUACCUACAACUACUACAUUAAUACCUAGGCCUAAAAAGCCUUUAACAAACGGAAGGAUAUUGAGCAAGAACAAAGACGUUGCUGCCGGUAAAAAUGUCCCGAGGAAAUUGGUGGAUAAUGUACAAAAAGGGCUUAAGAAACCUGUUACUCAACCACCUGUGAUUGCCAAUACAACUGUUCAGAGUAAUAUCACAGGAAUUAAUGUGACAGUGUCACCUUUUAAUAGCACUACACAGGGUGUGCCAAAAACUGAUGUGCCGACUACUCCUUUAAUGACAACUCAAACUACUACUGUCACUACGACGACAGUCUCUACGACAACGACAACAACACCUGUAAUGACUUCUUUGGCGCCAUCCCUGUCGAGUGAGGCGCCAAAUGUGGUUGGCGUUGAUGAAAAUGUGAAGCUCAAUUCUGAUUGGAUGCCAUUAAAACCUACUGCCACCGUGAUUAACUCAACUGUGGAGGAUAGUUUUCUGACACGAAUUAAAACAGGAGUCAAGAAAACUUGGCAUACUUUUACCGCUGAAAUUACCAAAGUGCAGUUUGUUUACUUAAUCGUUUCGAUAUUUCUUGUUGUCGUGGCGAUGAUGUUCUGUAGCGUCUGCUGCUGUUUAGACCGGCGGAAUAACGGACCGAUCGCGCAGAGUUACAACUUGCAUCAUCUGCAGCAACGCGACAGCAUCGGAUUCAAAGUUCAAAUCAUCUUGCUCUUGUUUCUUUUCAACUUCAUUUACGUCGGCAUGGAAGUGACUUAUGGCGGGUUCGUCAUGAGUUUCGCUGUGGAUUACUUGAAAUGGGAUAAGUCUGACGGUAGUUUCGUCACCGCCUUGUUCUGGGGAAGUUUCGCCUUGACGAGGUUACUUUCGAUCGUCGCUGCGAAGUGUCUUCGUCCGACAGUAAUGCUCAUUGUUGACUUGUUGAUAACCUCAGUGUCGUUGUUGGCGUUGUUGUUGACUGUAAACACCAACGAUCUCUCGAUGUGGAUUUGUACCGCGUUACUAGGUAUCGGCAUGGCGUCAUUUUUCCCGACCAUGCUCUCGUGGGCCGAACGUUACAUUAACAUGACAGGAAAAAUCACGGCCACUCUAAUCAUCGGUGCUGCAUUAGGUGAGAUGGCCAUGCCUACUUUAAUUGGUUUCCUUUUCGAAGCCAAAACGCCAAUGUUCUUAAUUUAUGUUCUGUUCGCUUCUAGUCUACUUUGUUGUGUUAUAUAUGUAAUUUUACAAAAUCUAGCAUCGAAUCGUGGAGAGAAAUAUAGUCUGCUCGCAAGCAUUCCCGUGGAAGAGGACGGUGAGGACAUCGAAAUGGACCAGGUCGACCACCUGGAUCUCAGAAAUACAAACUCUAACCAUGUGACCAAAUCAAAUAAUCACGUAGGAAAUAACUCAGCAGGGCGGCCUGCGAAGAAAGUAACCUUUAGUUUAGAGGAUGAUGUGCAACUCCUGCAGGAUUCCAGUGCAAGUGGAGAAUUAUAGGGUUUUGUUACUUUAUUUUGAUUUUCCUUCUCCAUUUUGAGAUUUCUUGCCCGUUUCAAUUCCGCCUGCUUUCUAUGCUUAGUUGCUCAAACUGUAAUUUUGUUUCAAAAUUUGCAAACUAAUGGUCGUGUAACAUUUAUCAUUAUCAUUGUUAAAGCGAGACUAGAGGCGGGAACUUGUUGUCAAAUUGGCAGUCUUCAGGUGACUUGUAGAGACAGCUAGAAAUUACUGUUACGGAGUUGUCAAAACGCAAAAUUAAAAGUACACAAAGUUUGCUAUUUCACAAAACUGCAAAAUAAGAUGGCAGCAAAUAUUUCUGGGUUCAUAGUAGUGCAGGUGUACUUGCUUUCCCCUUGAGGCAAUUCUGCAGGCACCUCUCCAUGCCAUCAUGACUUUCCUGCCUAUACUCUCCCUUUAACCUGGACAGUAUUCCCGUGUGGUCCUACUGACAGCGAUUCUGACCGUGUCAACAUUUUGUUGGAAUAAGAGGUAUUGAUUAAGAAUGAGUUGUGACCUGUUUUUAUGACUUGUAAAAUUUGUAACACAUCUGCCAGCUGUUUUCAAACUUGGCACGAAAGCAAUUAAUUUUUGCUACAAAAUAGUCGUUGGGGUCAGCUGGUUUGGAGUGAAUGGUAACAUGUGUGUAUUGGUAUCUGUUACUUUGUUAAGCCAUUUUAUAGAUAUAUAUCUUUGUUUACAAAGUGAAGUCGUUCUGACGUCGCGCAACUUGAGCUUGGUUGUAUUGGAUUAGGUCACAUUUUACAUAUGUUAUCAAAAAUAUGUAUAAUCUUAGGGUUUGACCACAGGCACCACCAAAUAUGCUAGAACUAGCAAAUAAAUCUCCUUCAAAAUGAUGUGAAUGCCAAUUUCAAGGGAGGAAGUCAGUUCCCGGGAAAACAAAGAAGUGUCUCCCAUCCUUGAAACAGACGUUCACCUCACACUGAAGGAGUUCUAAUUUCUUUACGAUUUCAAGUCAGCCAAAAUGGUCAACCCACAAUUCAUUCCAUACUUUGCAUUCCUCCCAGGGCCUAUCUGGAUUCAUCCUUACGAAACCAGUUUCCUUCUCUGGCCAACAUUAUACCCUGAUUUCCUCAGGAUGACCUGGAUAUGUAUCACUAUAUCUGUUCAUAAAAUUUCCCAUCAUCUUUUUUCUUUCUGGGCUUUGUAAUGAUGGAUUUUAUGACUAUUUUGUAAAAGUGUUAUGUAAUAUGUUUUUAUUCCAGUCAAUGUUUAUUUUGUUGUCGGAGCUAAUCCGGCGUAAAAUUUGUAUCUUUUCACAAUUUUAUGUUUUCCUUUUUGGUUGUAAAUAUAUUGGUAUUUUCAUAAGUUCUGUAUGAAAUUUAUGAUAUUGUUAUCGGCAAGAAGGCGAAAUAUUUAGAACUCCAAGAAAGCCUGGACGAUGGUAAAUGUAAACAUACUGUAGACUCCCAGAAAUAUUGGUGUGCGUUGUAUUUUUUAUUUUUCGCAUUUACAGGUUAUCGCGAAAUAAAAUCCAAUUGAAAUAACUGAAGCACCGGUAUGCAAAAGUUGCAAUUAAUGCAAGUUCACAAAAUCUUGAAAUAGUAUGGCCGCAAACGUUUUCAGGUUUACAGUACAGUGCACCAGUAUUUCUGCCUGGCAUUCUCUUCGAGCUUUAGUUGUUAUAUUCUUGGACAAAAUAUAUUUGUUAUCAAAAUGAUGAUCAAAAACUCUUUUUUUGUUUGUAUUGAAUGUGCUGCUGUACAUGUUGUUUAAUUUAAUAUCAA